AUGUCACUCCUAGCAGUCGCCAAGCCCAUCGCCAAACCCGUCGUAGGUGUCGUUAUCCAAUCAGGAAUCCAACCGAAGACUGUCAAGGUACUCAGGACGACUCAAGUUCUCCAUCGGGUUGUGCCAAAGGCUAUCAAGAAGUCAGUCGUCUACACGGUCCAUGACGAAAAGAACAGUGCGAGGAGAGGAGACAAAGUCGAAAUAAUACCGGCUGGUCGAAGGAUUUCCACAAACAAAACAUAUGCCCUAUCGCAGAUCCUCCGGUGA